AUAAAAUCCUGGUUGACGAGAUAUUGGCAUCAGCUUGGUAAAUUUUUCCGUGUUCUCUAACCCUACCACAGUAGUCGGUGAAAAUAACGCGCGCGUGGUGGCAUUCGGCAGUGUAGAUACAGGAAAUGAAAGAUUGGCUGUGAACCUUAAGAAAUAUUUAGUUCAAAUUUGAGCCAGUCCUUAACAUGGUUCCCCUCGGUCCGUCUCCUAGCCAUCAGCAAUCUGUUAACAAUUCAGCCAGUACACCAACCAGUGGCACUAAGGGCAGUUCAGCUUUGAAGCCAAAUUAUACAUUGAAGUAUACGCUUGCUGGACACACCAAAGCUGUAUCUUCUGUCAAGUUUAGUCCGAAUGGUGAAUGGCUAGCCAGUUCAUCGGCUGACAAGCUUAUAAAAAUAUGGGGAUCCUAUGAUGGCAAAUUCGAGAAAACAAUAUCGGGUCAUAAGUUGGGAAUUUCGGACGUGGCAUGGUCAAGCGAUAGCAGAUUGUUAGUUUCAGCUUCGGAUGACAAAACCCUGAAAAUAUGGGAGUUGAGCUCUGGAAAGUGUCUGAAGACUCUAAAGGGACACAGCAAUUACGUAUUUUGCUGUAAUUUCAAUCCUCAAUCGAAUCUAAUUGUAUCUGGCUCUUUUGAUGAAAGUGUGAGAAUAUGGGAUGUGCGAACUGGAAAAUGUUUAAAAACAUUACCAGCUCAUUCUGAUCCUGUCAGUGCAGUGCAUUUUAAUAGAGAUGGCUCAUUGAUUGUCUCAAGCAGUUACGACGGUCUUUGUCGAAUUUGGGAUACAGCUUCUGGUCAGUGUUUGAAAACGUUAAUAGACGACGACAAUCCACCUGUAUCUUUUGUGAAAUUUUCGCCAAAUGGAAAAUACAUAUUAGCUGCUACAUUGGAUAACACAUUAAAACUAUGGGACUAUAGCAAAGGAAAAUGCUUAAAAACUUAUACUGGUCAUCGAAAUGAAAAGUAUUGCAUAUUUGCAAAUUUCUCAGUCACUGGUGGCAAGUGGAUUGUAUCAGGCUCAGAAGACAGAAUGGUUUAUAUCUGGAACCUACAAACGAAAGAAAUCGUUCAAAAAUUGCAAGGACACACAGAUGUUGUUUUGUGUACGACUUGCCACCCUACGGACAACAUUAUUGCAUCUGCAGCAUUAGAAGAUGAUAAAACAAUAAAAUUAUGGAAAAGUGACACAUAAAUCGAAUCUUUACUAAUUCAAAUAGAUAGAUUCUUUGUACAAAUUACUUAAUAUCUGUUUCCUAUAAAACGUGACUAAAGGAACUAUAAAAUGAAGAAAAUAGAAUGGUGAUUUUAUUUUCGUAAAUGUGAAGAACUGACAUUUGUGAGAUAUCAGCGCUUGAUUAUUGUAUGCAGAAAUAUGACGCGGUAUUUUUUGAGGUACAGAGUUUUGGAUGAUGCACAGUCCAGCUAU